GUAAUGAUAAUCACCACCGCACGCCCGCGUACUACCUUGCUCGGCUCCGUAACGGCGUAACCGUGCGUCUAGGAAUCUACCAAUGAUGCACUGCCCUCUGCGCCGCCAGGCAUCUCCCGCUCGGCGCCACGCGCGCCAGCAUCAGCCAGCCAGCAUCUGAGACAUUCACUUCAUCACAGAUCGACCUCUGCAAAUUCGUCGUUGCCCAUACCGCGACUCGAUCUGCUCUGCAAACGGCAAACCACACCACCACAGCCCGACUUUGACUUCCCGACCCGGCGGCGAGAGCGGGGCUAUCCGCAGAAAACCUCUCAUCCACUCACAUCAGGCAUUCCCUUGCGACCCGACUCCUCUGCGCCUGAGCCUCAUUGCUCCUAUCCUAUCCAGAUCGCUACUGGCCCUCACAAAUCAUCCGAUCUAGCCAGCGCCAGCAUGGUUGGCAUCUUCAGGCGCAUCUAUGAUUGGCUCCUCAGCCUGUUCUGGGCCACCGAGAUGGACAUCACCAUGAUCGGUCUCCAGAACGCCGGCAAAACAUCAUUGCUGAGAGUCCUGGCGGGCGGCGAGUUCACGAUCGACUCGAUACCGACAGUGGGCUUCAACAUGAAGCGAGUACAGAAGGGCCAUGUGACCUUGAAGUGCUGGGACUUGGGGGGCCAACCUCGCUUCCGAUCAAUGUGGGAGCGUUAUUGUCGAGGCGUGAAUGCGAUUGUAUUCAUCGUUGACUCUGCCGACAAGGAGGCAUUGCCUGUCGCCAAAGAAGAGCUCCACAUACUCCUGGAGAAGCCAGCGAUGGAAGGCAUCCCCCUCUUGGUCCUCGGUAACAAGUCCGACCUUCCCAACCAUGCAUCAGUCGACGAGUUGAUCGCUGCGCUCAACCUGAAGUCAGUGACACGCCGCGAGGUGAGCUGUUACGGCAUCAGCGCCAAAGAAGAGACCAACCUUGAUGCGGUCUUGCAGUGGCUCAUUGCCCGAGCCAAGAACUAA